GCCACCUCACAAAGAAAGGCCACAAUGGUUUAAUUGCAUAUUGAGAGUGGUGAUGAUGCAUCCAGUGCGAAAGGGAUUUGAUAUUACCUUCCUUCUUUGGAUACUUGGAUUUACAUUAAAGGGCAGCCUGGUACUUUGCCAGAAACUAGAUGACUCCUACCCAGUGGUGAACACCAAUUAUGGCAGACUGAGGGGGAUUAAAAAAGAACUAAGUAAUGAAAUCUUGGGUCCAGUAAUCCAGUAUCUUGGUGUUCCAUAUGCUGCUUCACCAACAGGAGAACGACGUUUCCAACCCCCUGAACCCCCUUCUUCUUGGUCAGAAGUACGAAAUGCUACCCAUUUUGCACCAGUCUGUCCCCAAAAUAUACAUGGUAUGUUGCCGGAUGUUAUGCUCCCCGUGUGGUUUACUGCCAACUUGGAAGUAAUUGCAUCUUAUGUCCAAGAACAGAAUGAAGAUUGCCUCUUUCUAAACAUAUAUGUGCCUACAGAGGAUGUAAAAAGAAUAUCGAAGGAAUGUGCCAGAAAACCGGGCAAGAAAAUAUGUAGAAAAGGAGGUCCCCUUGCAAAGAAACAGGCUGAUGAUUUAGGUGAUAAUGAUGGCGCAGAAGAUGAAGAUAUUCGUGAUAGUGGACCAAAACCUGUUAUGGUCUUCAUCCAUGGUGCAUCAUACAUGGAAGGCACAGGAAAUAUAUUCGAUGGAAGCGUACUGGCGAGUUAUGGCAAUGUCAUAGUCAUCACAGUCAACUAUCGGCUUGGUGUUUUAGGAUUUUUAAGCACUGGUGACCAAGCCGCUAAAGGAAAUUAUGGGCUUCUUGAUCAGAUACAAGCAUUACGAUGGAUUAGUGAAAAUAUAGCUUUCUUCAGCGGCGAUCCAUUAAGAAUAACUGUUUUUGGAUCUGGCGCUGGUGCUUCUUGCGUCAAUUUGUUGACUUUAUCCCAUUAUUCUGAAGGCCUUUUUCAGAGAGCAAUAGCACAAAGUGGUACUGCUUUGUCCAGCUGGGCAGUCAGCUAUCAGCCAGCAAAGUUCGCAAGGCAGUUGGCCACAAAAGUUGGCUGCAACAUGAUAGAUACAGUUGACUUGAUUGAAUGUUUACGUUCUAAACAGUACAAGGAACUUGUUGAACAGGACAUACAACCUGCAAGAUACCAUAUUGCCUUUGGACCGGUCAUUGAUGGAGAUGUUAUACCAGAUGAUCCUCAAAUUCUAAUGGAACAGGGUGAAUUCCUUAACUAUGACAUCAUGCUGGGAGUAAAUCAAGGUGAGGGAUAUAAAUUUGUUGAAAACAUAGUGGACAACGAGGAUGGAGUUUCAGCCAGUGAUUUCGACUUUGCUGUAUCUAAUUUUGUGGAUAACUUGUAUGGUUAUCCUGAAGGCAAGGAUGUCCUAAGGGAGACCAUCAAAUUCAUGUAUACAGAUUGGGCGGACCGACAUAAUCCAGAAACUCGGAGGAAAACAUUGUUGGCUUUGUUUACUGACCAUCAAUGGGUGGCACCAGCAGUGGCUACAGCUGACCUACAUUCAGGGUUUGGUUCACCCACUUUCUUCUAUGCCUUUUAUCAUCACUGCCAGAGUGACAUGAUGCCAGCUUGGGCUGAUGCAUCACAUGGAGAUGAAAUUCCUUAUGUGUUUGGGGUUCCAAUGAUUGGUGCUACCGAACUUUUCCCUUGUAAUUUCUCCAAAAAUGAUGUCAUGCUAAGUGCUGUUGUGAUGACGUACUGGACUAACUUUGCAAAAACAGGUGACCCAAAUCAACCAGUUCCUCAGGAUACCAAAUUUAUCCACACCAAGCCAAACCGUUUCGAAGAGGUUGCCUGGUCAAGGUAUUCUCAGAAAGAUCAACUCUACCUGCACAUUGGACUGAAACCACGUGUUAAAGAGCAUUAUAGAGCUAAUAAAGUCAACUUAUGGUUGGAGCUGGUUCCUCAUUUACAUAGCUUGAAUGACAUUUCCCAGUAUACUUCUACAACAACUAAAGUCCCAUCAGAAAUUACAAACAGACCGUCAAAGAAGUGGUCUGUUACCACUAAACGUCCUGUGACAUCAGUCUUUCCUACUGUUAAACAGGAUGACCAGAAGCAUUCGGCAGGUCCUUUCUUGGUUGAUCAAAGGGACUAUUCAACAGAGUUAAGCGUUACUAUUGCUGUUGGAGCUUCAUUAUUGUUUUUGAAUAUCCUUGCCUUUGCAGCAUUGUAUUAUAAGAAGGAUAAAAGGAGGCAUGAUGUUCAUAGAAGAUGCAGCCCUCAGCGUAACACCACUAACGACCUAACUCAUGCACAAGAAGAAGAAAUUAUGUCCCUACAGAUGAAGCACACUGAUCACGAAUGUGAUUCCAUCCAUCCACAUGAGGUUGUUCUGCGGACAGCCUGUCCUCCGGAUUAUACAUUAGCAAUGAGGCGAUCUCCAGAUGAUAUACCUUUAAUGACACCGAAGACCAUUACAAUGAUUCCAAAUACCAUACCUGGAAUGCAGCCUCUCCACACAUUCAACACAUUUACUGGAGGACAAAACAGCACCCUUCCGCAUCCUCAUCCCCAUUCACAUUCAACAACUAGGGUAUAG